AUGAUCAGAUGUCGAAGAUUCAGAACUCUCAGCUGGGGCUAUGAAGCUGCACGGUGCACCUAUGCCGCAACAGCAGAUGUAAGAGCCCGAAUACACUCAAUUCACAAGGGCCCCGCCCAACCUCUGCUGCCUGCCUCCUCAAAAGCUUUCUCCUCAUCUGGAAAGCCAAAUGCUGUGGGGAGCAACAUCUGCGCCUGCGUGAAGAAGAGUUUGGGCAGCCUGCGCGUGGCCGUGACGGGCAGCCCAGUGAAGCGGUGUCCAGCCGUCCUUGUCCUGCCCAUGGGGGGCUCGGCUUCGGGGCCCUUCCCUUGCCCUUGA